GGCAGCAGGGCCUGGUGCUCUCCCUGCCCACCACCAACAUCCAGGGCCUGGUGGCAGCCGCGGCCGCAGGGGGGCUCAUGUCCCUCCCACUCCAGAACCUGCAAGCGGCCCAGCGUCUGCUAGCGGUCGGACUUGCAAGGGAGAGAGAGAGAGGCCCUGUCAGGGCUUGUGAGACAACUUGCCCCAACAUUUCAACUACCUCAUCCCUGAGUUCCCAGCUCCAGCACCUGCAGCAGCUCCAACAGAUGCAGCAGCACCACCAGCACCAUCACCACCACCAACAGCACCACCCAGGACACCCCCAAUCCCAUGGCCAGAACCAGCAUCACAUGACCCCUCCCAGCCAACAGCAGUCCUCCAUUUCAGUCCCCUCCCCUGGCUCUGCCUCGUCCACCACCUCCAUGACGGGCCCCAGCCAAUCACCACAGUCUCCACCCCUCAGACAGAACCAAUCACCAGCCCGCAGCUUGCCCUCACCUGUGACUCCGCCGAUGCCACUACAGCUGAAUCCUCUGGCCAGUCAGGCAGCGGUGGCAGCAGCAGCCAUGAGCUCCAUUGCCGGCUCCCAGGUGUUCGGCAGCCCCCUCUCCAACCUGCAAGGUGUCACGGGACAGUUGGUCACCAAUGCGCAAGGGCAGAUAAUUGGAACAAUUCCACUGAUGCCCAACUCCGCAGGGUCCUCCAGCCAAUCAGGGACUGGAAACCCAGCACUGCAGGUCCAGCCAAUCACACCUCAGCUUCUGACUAACGCCCAGGGCCAGAUCAUCGCCACAGUGAUCGGCAAUCAGAUCCUGCCUGUCAUCAACACCCAGGGAAUCACACUGUCGCCAAUCAAGCCUGGACAGCAGCUGCCCCAGGGCCAGCAGAAUCAGACAGCAUCGUCUCAGCCUGGCCUACUCCACAUGCCCCACAGCCAGAGCCCACUCCGCCAGGCCUCUUCCUCCUCCUCCUCCUCCUCCUCCUCCUCAGCUCUCAGUGUGGGCCAGCUGGUCAGCAACCCCCAGACGGCCCCCAGCGAGGUUGAUGGCGUCAACCUGGAGGAGAUCCGAGAAUUCGCCAAAGCUUUCAAGAUCCGACGCCUCUCCCUGGGCCUGACCCAAACCCAGGUGGGGCAGGCCCUGAGUGCUGCUGAAGGCCCCGCCUACAGCCAGUCUGCCAUCUGCAGACACACCAUCCUGAGAAGCCACUUUUUCCUACCACAGGAAGCCCAAGAGAACACUAUAGGUAGCAGUCUGACAGGCAAACUGAACCCUGGCCUUUUAUACCCUGCCAGGUUUGAGAAGUUGGACAUCACCCCAAAAAGCGCCCAGAAGAUUAAGCCCGUUCUGGAGCGCUGGAUGGCCGAGGCAGAGGCCCGCCACCGAUCCGGCAUGCAGAACCUGACCGAGUUUAUCGGCAGCGAGCCUUCGAAAAAACGCAAGAGGAGGACCUCUUUCACCCCACAGGCGCUGGAGAUCCUCAACAGCCACUUUGAGAAGAACACACACCCUUCUGGACAGGAAAUGACGGAAAUAGCAGAGAAACUGAACUAUGACAGGGAAGUGGUACGCGUCUGGUUUUGCAACAAGAGGCAGGCUUUGAAAAACACAAUAAAGCGAUUGAAACAGCCCGAUCUUGGCCCUGCAGCACCUAUGGACCCACUCUCUGAUUCUCUAGAGGAGCUCCCAAAAUGAAUAACCAAAACUUGUGAAAGUGAGAGAAGGAAAGUUCUUAGAGCAAGGCGGAAUGAAGUGGAAUGAUGAAGACUGGAAAAAACGACUUUACUUCUUUUGUAAAGUCAGAUGGAUGAACAUUAAUCAGCGUUUGCUAACAAAAAUAUGUGUUUGUCAGUGUGAUUACCACAGUUAUGUAAAUUACCUUGGCGAAAACCAAAAACCUGAAAAAUACCAAAAAAAUAAAAAAAUAAAAUACAAUGUUCUGUUUUUAAAGAGUUUAAGGUUCUGGCCUCCCAGACCAAAAUAGUGUCCAAAUUUGUUUUUUUGUGAGGAGAUUUUAGUAAAGAGAUCAUACCAAAACAAAAAUACUAACUAUUUACCAAAGUCAUCUGAGUACUAAGAAUAAUUUUUUAAUGUAAAUGUGUUCAAAAUUUUUACAUUUGUACCGGCAAAAAAUCAACAUGAGAAGUAUCUUUGUCUCACAUCAUUUUACCUCUUGGGUUUGUAUGUAAAUAUCUACAAUAUACAGUCAUCAAACUGAAACCACAAUGUCAAAGUUCUCUUUGAAAACCACAACUUUGCUGUUUCAAAAAUAGCAUAUUGUAUUUUCAUUUGUAUGUCUGAUCCAUCGCCUGCAGCUAUUUUCAGUCACGGUCUAACUUUGUACAACUUUUACAGGUAUUUAUCAAUGAUUUUUUUUAUUGUCUAUGAUUUGGAGAAGAGAUAGUGACAGUGAAGGGAUUUUCAGUAGCUACCUGUACAGAUCUCUGUCCAUCAACUCUACUAAUGUGGAGCUACUGUCAUUCUGUUGCCAAAGCCUGAUAGCCAAAGAACACAUUACUUCAGCUCAAGGACUAGGGAAGAUUUUACCUUUGCCAAUAACAUAUUAUAGUUUUUUGAAGUGGUUUUCUUCCCUUUCUUUGUCUGUGUGUUUCUAAGAAGUUUUUUCUGUGGGUGUGCUGAGGGCAGUAGAGUGUCAGAUAAUAUGCUUUCAAAAGUUAAAGUCUUGUCUGUUGAAAACACUUUUCAUAACAAAAUAUAACGUUGUCUAUGCCCUUCUUUUUCAAAUGUAUGUUUCUGUUGAUCGGUUUACCAAAUCCACCCUUGCAUGUUUCAGACUUGAAGAAUGCUGAGGACAAAACAUAAAAUGCAGGCCAAUAUUAAAAUCACUUUUGAAUCAACAACUGUCCUCAAAAACAAAAUAUUUCAGAAAUGGUCUCAUUUUUUAUAUUCAGCAGCAUUGUUCCCCCUCAGCCUCACCCCAGUAUUCAAUUAUAACUAUCUAGAUAAACACUAUUGGUUUGGUUGUAGCAUGCAUUCUUUAGUUGUUGCUGCUGAUAAAGCUCAGAUUAUUGUGAUCAAACCAAUUAAUAUAUUUAUUCCUCAUAGACAUGAUUUAUUGUCUAAAGUUUGAAUUACAUAACUCAACUGUUUAAGGAGUUUCAUCGCUGUUCUUUUAAUAGAUCCAAGGUUAUUAUGCUACUACAGUUUAUUGACUUUUAUCUGUAUUCAAACUACCAUCAAAUGACAUAUUUCGCCUAUCAUAACAUUUCAUUAAAAUGUUCGAUUAAGUAAAAUCCCUUGGAAAUAGAUACACGUUGAGAAUAAGUGGCACAUGUCAGGAAUUUGAUGCGAUGUAUUCAUGAUCAUGUUGUAUUUUGUUCAAUAUCGGCCUCCUCGUGUCACAUCAGUUGGCUCCCUAUCUGUCAACCUACUGUGGAUUGUUGAUUUCAAAUCUAAUACCAAACUAACACAAACAAAAACUUCACGUAACAGAAGCCUUUAUUGUUAUGGUAAUAAAUGUGAUUUACUGUAGCUCUCAAUUAUAAAACGUUAUGUUACUGUCAUGUAAGAAACCAAAUAUAGUAAGCAUUUGUUGAAACAGCUGUAUAGUAUAAGACUGGUUGGUUUCUACAUAGUACUGCUGUUUUGCAACUGUCUGUGAUGAGUUAAUCAUCAACCAUUUCAAUCUUGUUUCACAGGAACACUAGCUUUUCACAGUCGGCCAUUACAUUAUUUUUCAUAGUGCUACCUCUUUGUCAGUUUGGAAAACUAAGCCAAGAAGUUGUUUUAUUUUUUUGUGUUUCCCAUUGAAAACUGUAGGAUAUGUGAAAUACAUGUGUGUAUGUGUGUUCCCCUCCCUUAAACAAAGUGUAUGAGGAACUUUGAUUUGGCUGCAGGUAUAGCUUAGGCAAUGUAGCUGUAACCAAAACCAAAAGAUGGCAACGGACUCAUGCAUCCACUAAACUUUUUAACGCUGGACCAAAGCUCUAUAGUUAUAUGCACAUUGUACAGAAAAAUCGGUCUGAAGACGUUGACAAUCUUUAAAAUGAAACAAAUUGAUGUGUAGAAGUUAACCAGAGUUUUUACCUCAUCAUUGUCCUUUUGUACAUCGUGAGAAAUGCCAUACACACACCACGUUAAAAGAAAAUAGAAAAAAUACCUUUUUGUUUAUUUGGAUGUGAUUUUAACCUCUUUUUGGGGCGGAAGGUGGAGGGGGUGUGGAUUUAUCUGUUCUAGGAUUCUGUGUAACAUUCUUUUUUUUGUGAAUCGUUUUUACAGGGUCACACACGUGUAUCACUUUUUACACAUUGUUGUUGGUUUAUUUUUUUCUUUCUUAGGCCUUGUGGUGAACACAGUUCUCUGUUUCAGAAUCCAGAAUAUUCAAAGGCUUUACAAUCUUACCCAAAUAUGUAUAAAAAUGAUAAUCAUAAGUAACGACUAAUGAUACUAACAGGGUUAGGGUUAGGGUUAGGGUUAGGGAUAAACUGGUUUGAAUUAUUAUUCCUAUUAAGACCUCGAAACCAAAGCUGAUGCGCCUGCCAAGGGUGGUUUUAAUUUUACAGACAGAAACUGUAUUUAAUUCUAUUGAGCAAUAUAUGUUUUGUCAGUUUACACAGCACUUUGUGUAUUUCUUAAAAGCUUCAAGUCUGUC